UCCCCAUUGUUCGCCACGAAGCCAUGUGUCCAGUAAUUCUGACCUUUCUGUGAAGUGUUAACUAAACCCCGGCUUUUCAGCCUUCUUUUAUCCUGAGCUGAGCUGGAAAGCUCAUGGACUUUUGCACGAUUCCACAUAUGCAAAGAAGCAAGCCUAUGCAACCAACCUUAUCUCUUUGUUCGAUCAGUGAUCUUUAUUGUUUUGUACUCUCUUUCAGCAUGCACACUCUGGCCUUUCCAAAUUUCAAUCUCUCUGUGUAUAAUAUAUAUGAUUAGAAGAUCAAGAUCCACUUUUGUAUACACAGACAGCCUUAGUCACAAGCCCAUCUGCCCAUGGCACGAUUCGACUUGGGUGAUGCUGCUUCUCUCAAGCAGAAAUGGAAGAACAUCGUCUCAGCUGGUUCAACCACUGCUGCAGAAAAUCCUAAUGGUUGCUUUGAUUGUAACAUUUGUUUAGACUCAGCCCACGACCCGGUGGUCACCCUCUGCGGCCAUCUCUUCUGCUGGCCCUGCAUUUACAACUGGAUCCAUUUCCAAACCUCUCCGGCGCUGGCCGCAGACCAUAAGCAGAAAUGCCCGGUUUGUAAGGCCGAUGUCUCCCCAGCUACAGUAGUUCCUCUCUAUGGGAGCGGCUCGCCCUCCUUCCCCUCCGAACCCAAAAGGCCCAACCUCAGCGGUGUGGCUGUCCCUCGCAGACCAGCAGCCUGUGGAUUGCAUAACCUGAUUACUGCUGCAGCAUCAUCCCCCCCGAACCCGCAUCGUAGUCCGCGCGUUCUUCACGAUCCUCAUCCUCAUCACGGAGGUUAUGCCGCAGCAUCGGCCGAUCUCCGCGACGUGACGUCGCCGAUCGUUUUUGGUCCAAUGGUUGGGAUCUUAGGGAAGAUGGUGUAUAGCAGCAUGUUUGGGAGCUCGGACACAAGCUUGUUUAGUUACCCUCAUAAUCAUCAGAAUUCUUAUGCUCAUCUGAUGGGUGGGAGAAGACGUAGUGGUCAUAGAAUUCUGAGAACGCAGGAAAUGCAAGCUGACAUGUCUCUUAACAGAAUUUCAUUCUUUCUUUUCUGUUGCUUUCUGCUUUGCCUUCUCUUGUUUUGACAAUAAACUCUUUUUUUCCGCUCCCUUGUAUAUAUAGUUGUGCAAAUUAUGAAGAAUUAUGACAUAUACUUUUACCCCA